UGGGGUUUUGAAGUGGGAGGGCCCGUCAUCUGACUUUAGCAGGCAGGGGGGAAAAGUGGGUGUUGUGCUGUGCUGUUUAGUUUGGUGCGAUGCGCCUUCAUGACUGUUUUUUAAACACACGAGCAGCGGUUCACUGUGUUCACGGACUACAGUGGAGGAAUCAGCCCCGAGCAGCGCUAGCAUCCAUCGGCUGAGACGUGCAGGCCAGCAGCAGGGGGAAGCUAACUCCAACCCCGCCGGACUGAGAGACGGCAGCCCGGAGCCCGAGAAGCCAGAGUCGUGUCGGUGAGCCAUGGGUUUCCGCAAGAAGAACAAGAGCCCGCCGGUGCUGAGCCACGAGUUUGUGAUCCAGAACCACGCCGACAUGGUUUCGUGUUUGGCCAUGAUCAUCCUCCUGGGCCUGAUGUUUGAGGUCACAGCAAAGUUUGCCAUCAUGUUCAUCACAGUCCAGUACAACGUAACUCAAGUUCUUGAUGAGAAAAGUGAGCCAGUGAACCUUUACCAGUACGGUCCUAAAGAUGUGGCCACCGUGUUCUUCUACCUGCUUAUUGCGGUCAUCCUUCAUGCCUUGAUACAAGAGUAUAUUCUAGACAAAAUGAAUAGGAGGUUGCACCUGUCAAAAACCAAGCACAGCAAGUUCAAUGAGUCUGGACAGCUUGCAGUGUUCUACCUGUUCUCCUUCAUCUGGGGCUGCAGCAUCCUAACAGCGGAGGACUUUGCAACAAAUCCUACUUUCCUAUGGGAGGGUUAUCCACACACUCACAUGGUUUUUCAGGUCAAGUUCUUCUACAUUUGCCAAAUUGCCUAUUGGCUUCAUGCACUUCCUGAGCUGUACUUUCAAAAAGUACGGAAGGAAGACAUCCCCCGCCAGCUUUAUUACAUUUGCCUUUAUGUUGUCCACAUCACUGGUGCCUAUGUCUUAAACCUCCACCGACUGGGCCUGGUGCUGCUGGUUCCUCACUACCUGGUGGAGCUUCUGUUCCAUGCUUCACGCCUCUUCUACUUCAGUGAUGAGAACAAGCAAAAAGGUUUCACUCUGUGGGCGCUGCUUUUUGUCAUCGCGCGCCUCCUCACCCUCACGCUGUCUGUUCUGACAUUUGGCUUCGGCCUGCCCCGUACAGAAAACCAGGGCUUUUCCCUAGCAGACGGCAACUUCAACGUGCUCACCAUAAGGAUGACUUGUCUGGCAGCUAUCUGCCUGACACAGGCCUGGAUGAUGUGGAAAUUCAUUAACUUCCAGUUGAAAAAGUGGAGAGAGCACAGCCAGAACCAAGCCUCAAAGAAGAAGACAGUCAGUCCAAAGAGCAAGCCUCACAAAAGGGAACCUACAAGGGGAGGUGCUGCCAAUGGAGUUGUCAAGUCUGAGGAUAAAACAUCACCACGGGCAAGAAAAGCCAAAGCUUCAUAGAGACGGAGGAGUCGGAGGGUAAAAAUGAGUGAGGGAGUUCUGACAAUGUGACAUUAUGUCUUUACACAACUUCAAAUUUUGUCUACUGCUCUCCAAAACAAAUGUUAAAGUGCACGAAGAAACCUUAUGUAACGGUCCCUUUUGCAGAUGAAUCUCCUUUCGGAAAAAGUUCAGUGUUACUGUCCGCUAGAAGUGUUUGUUAUUCAUUUGGAUUCACUGCAGAUUGGAUGUUGGCAGGGGAGUGCAGGUUGUGAUGCUUUAACAGGAUGGAUUUAGCUCUUAAAAGUGUCCUUUUGUGAAAAAUUGCGAUCACUCAUCGGGCAAUUUAAACUGCGUUGCUCUUCAGUAAUUUGACAUCGAAUAAGUUAACUUCACACUAUCUAUCAAAGCCAAUUUUGACUUCAGGGCAACUUAAUAUAAAGUGUUAGUGUUCACAUCAACUGUACAGGGUGUCAUUUUUAAGUUUGGGCCUUAUUCAGUUAAACUCACAAAACAGGCCACUGCCUCAUGUCCUGAAAUAAAAGCCUUUCUUGUUCAGCAAGACAGCACUAUAAUAUUCUGCUGUUGUCAGGAAAAGAUCUUAAAUUCAUCACUCCAGAGGAAUAUUUGUGCUACCUGGGUAUUAGGCACAACUGCUGCCAGGAAAGUGAAGCUUGUACUUUAACUCCUUGAUUAUUUACUGCCAUUAUUUGACAGCCUCUGCCAUUGAAAUCCGACGUGUUACAGGAUUGAGGCACUUUUAUAUUUUGGAUUGCUUUUAUUGCUAGUGUGGUAGUCAGCCUGUCAGGGCUCAUCCAGGUUAGAAGACUUACUGAGAGGAAGUUGUACUGUAACCUCUGAUGCUGUACUGUAUGCAUACAGUUAAAUCUUCAUAACAGCAUGAUUGGAAAUUCUAGCAAGAAGUUGUGUUUGAGACUGCACUUAAGUCUUUUAUAUGGAUGUUAAUGCAUGAUGGUUAAAGGCUAAAGACUUUAUGGCUAGUUCCUAGCUGUGAUGUUGAGUUUGCAUCUUUCUCACACACUAUCGCAAACACACACACAGACACAUAGACAAACACACAAGCAUUCAGUGGCCUUUUUACAACUGCUGCAAGAGGUUUCAUUUAUUUAUUUUUGUCAUAUAUUACAGAUGUUAUUACUUUAUAUGCUUUGAAAAGCUAUAACCAGCAAACACUGCGGUACAUAGCAACUGCAUUCAGUUAAUCCAAACAAUACAAUCUUUCUUCAAGUGUCCUUAUAAUGUUUGUGGUUUAUAUCACUCGUUCUGCUUGUGUUGUGUUCUGUUUGCCUUCUGUCUUUGCUUUUUUUAAUUCUUGGGAAUCAGGGGACAAGCUCUUCACCACUUACACCAUAAGUUAUAUCCCAUGGUGCAAUGGGAGGCGUGUUUGUGAGGGACUGUGUUUGUACGCCUGUGCACUUACUUGUGUGUACAAUAUUGUUUUGCCUGUGUACGUUUGUGAAUUAACUGGGCCUGACUGAUGAUGAUGGUGACAACGAUGUUUAUUGCUUGUCUCGUAAAAAAAUUAUUGCCUGUGUGCAGAGCAUGAAAUGUGACAAUCUGUUCAUUGACUCCUGCCCGUUGGUUGUAUUUCACAAUCAUAUCCUGUGCUUUAGUUCUCUUCGGUUGGGCCGGUCUCAGCUCCCAACACGCUUUUCUGUGUGUAAAACACUGAGUUGUGGAUAGGUAUGUGUCCUAUAGGUUGUUGGUUACUAAAUGCUUAUGUGUUCAGUGUCCCUGCCCCUCAGAUGCUCUAUCCUGUGUGAGAGAGACUCUCCGUUUGCCAAAUGUGGCAUGUUUCGUCCUCGCUUCACCUUUUCAAUGAUUGUGACAUUGCUACGGAGCACACAUAUUGUACUGCUGGUCGUACUGUGUCCCUCUCGUGGGUCAAGUCCUGCUCCGCUACUAAACCACUGUGCAUGUGAAGCUCAGUGCAGAAAAGACUGUACUUCCUGUCUGCACACAGUUGGAGUUGGGAGUCUCAAUCUCGAGCAGGGAGGAGAUAAAGAUGCCAUUCGUUUUUUUUCUCCCUUUAGCACUCCUUAUUGGGAGUCUGGUGGUCUUUAAAGCCCUAUGUUUGUGUAUGGCAGUGUCAUAGGAGGGAAGGAAGAGCAGAGGACCUAUGUACCAGCCUGUUAUUAAACUGUCUCAGAUGUAAAAGAUAAAACAACUGACUUAACACUACACUGUACUAAAAUAUGUGUCAGAUUUUUAAGCUAUUUUUAUAGAGGGAAAACUGUUGAAAAUCACUGUUGUUCAGUACACUCGUGUGAAUAUUUGUUUUGCAUCCAUAUUAUGAAUUGUUUUUUUUUUUUUUUCUUUUUAUAUAAGAAUGAGGCUUGCUGAACUGUUAAUGUGGGUAUACGUUGUGGUAUGAGUGUAAAUUUUACUUAGCCUAACGUUUUAUUUAACUUCAUGGCCUUAUUAGAGCAACGUGAACUCAGUUGUAUAAACAGUGCUCAGUUAACAUCAUGCUGCAGAUGUACAUUGCAGCUUUCACAACUACAUGAUGGUGAAAUGCAUUGUCAUAAUGACACUAGUCGCGCACACGUCGGUUGAAAUACACAAUCAGAGGAGUCAGUAUGGAGAUUUCUUUCUUCCAGUCUGGCAAGUGACAGGCCUGGUUGUAAAGCUAACAAAGUGGAUUUUUGCAGAGCGAAAACAUCUGUAGGCUUUUCUUGCUCAUCAGAUGUCACACUGUGCAACAAUCAGGCUCUGAAACAUGAGCCGCACCGCAGUUCAUGGCCCCCUCGCUUUGAGACACAAUAGCCUGUAUAAUCCCACAGGAAUGCACUUUUUUGCAUUGUAUGCAUUAUGCACCAUAACACUGCUCUCUCGGGGCCGUUCCUGCAUCGAUUCUAUUCAAUGAAUUCUAAAUUGGAGUUGCUCGAUUGAAACUGUGCAUUUUGUUAUCGUUGAAACUUUAAACAAACAAAAGACUGCAAUGAAUAAACUGUAUGAUCAA